AUGGGGGCUGGAUCUGCUACCCCAAAGAGUGAGUGUGCAAUUGAAGAGGCCCAAUGGAUAGAGAGAGAUCAUGACCUGAUCCAGCAGCCCCCUUCCUGGCCUUGUUCAUUACGGGAACUAGUGGACAAGGCAAACAUUUUCCUUCUUUUAAUGUAUUCACAAGACUUGUUACUGUCAUCUGGCCAUGAGAGUGACCCUGGCAUCCCCAUCACUGUGCUGUCCAGGCAAGAGUGCAUAGAACAGAUCCCGUGGAUUGCUCCUGAGUGUGUGGAUGACUCCAAGAAUCUGAGUGUGGCCGCUGAAAAAUGGAGCUUUGGAACCACACUCUGGGAAAUCUGCUACAACGGCGAGAUCCCUUUGAAAGACAAGACACUGAUUGAGAAAGAGAGGUUCUAUGAAAGCCGGUGCAGGCCAGUGACCCCGUCUUGUAAGGAGCUAGCUGACCUUAUGACCUGCUGCAUGAACUAUGACCCCAACCAGAGACCCUUCUUCCCAGCCAUCAUGAGAGACAUCAAUAAGCUGGAGGAACAGAAUCCAGACAUUGUAUCAGAAAAGAAGCCAGCAACUGAGGUGGAUCCCACACAUUUUGAAAAGCAUUUCCUAAAAAGGAUCCGUGACUUGGGAGAGGGCCACAUUGGAAAGGUCAAGCUGUGCAGGUAUGACCCUGAGGGGGACAAUACAGGGGAGUAGGUGGCUGUCAAAUCCCUGAAGCCUGAGAGCGGAGGGAACCACAUAGCUGAUCUGAAGAAGGAAAUUGAAAUCUUAAGAACUCUUUAUCAUGAGAACAUUGUGAAGUAUAAAGGCAUCUGCACAGAAGACGGAGGAAACGGUAUUAAGCUCAUUAUGGAGUUUCUGCCGUCAGGAAGCCUUAAGGAGUAUCUUUGGAAGAAUGAGAACAAAAUUAACCUCAAACAGCAGUUAAAAUAUGCCGUUCAGAUUUGUAAGGGGAUGGACUAUUUGGGUUCUCGGAAAUAUGUUCACCGGGACUUAGCAGCAAGAAAUGUCCUUGUUGAGAGAGAACACCAAGUGAAAAUUGGGGACUUUGGUCUAACCAAAGCCAUUGAAACUGAUAAGGAGUACUACACAGUCAAGGAUGAUCGGGACAGCCCUAUGUUUUGGUAUGCUCCAGAAUGUUUAAUUCAGUGUAAGUUUUAUAUCGCCUCUGAUGUCUGGUCUUUCGGAGUGACUCUGCACGAGCUGCUUACUUACUGUGAUUCAGAUUCCAGUCCCAUGGCGUUGUUCCUGAAAUUGAUGUGGUUUAAAUCUUAA